AUGGCUUCUACAGAGCACCAUGCUGUUGCAGCUGAAGAAUUCGACUAUGAGGCGCUCCCAGAGAACUACACUCUCGCCCAUAAUAUGCUGGCAGGCGCCUUCGCCGGCAUUGCAGAGCAUUCGGUUAUGUAUCCGGUAGACUUGCUGAAGACCAGAAUGCAAGUCCUAAACCCCGGUGCUGGUGGACUUUACACCGGCCUCACCCACGCGGUAUCAACCAUUUCACGUAUUGAGGGUUGGAGAGCGCUAUGGAAGGGUGUUUCUAGUGUUAUCGUGGGAGCAGGGCCCGCCCACGCCGUAUACUUUGGCACAUACGAGGUCGUGAAAGAGCUUGCUGGUGGAAAUGUUGGUUCGGGCCAUCACCCACUUGCUGCAGCUCUGAGUGGUGCUGCCGCCACUAUCACAAGCGAUGCGCUGAUGAAUCCAUUCGAUGUUAUCAAGCAGCGCAUGCAAGUUCACGGAUCGACUCACAGAACCCUGGUUCAAUGCGCCAGAACAGUUUAUCGAACUGAGGGCCUCCGUGCCUUCUACGUCUCCUACCCAACCACGUUGUGCAUGACUAUUCCGUUCACGGCAGCCCAGUUUAUGGCAUACGAAUCGACGUCCAAAAUUAUGAACCCGACGAAACGAUAUGAUCCCUUCACCCACUGCAUUGCCGGUGGUCUAGCGGGUGCGGUUGCCGCCGCCGUUACAACUCCUUUAGAUGUUAUUAAGACCGUCCUACAGACGAGAGGUACAGCGCAGGACCCCGAGGCAAGAACCGCUAAGGGCUUAUUCAACGCUGCAAGACUCAUCAAGAAUCAGUACGGCUGGGCCGGAUUUCCUCCGUGGAAUGCGACCAAGAAUAAUUGCCACAAUGCCUAG